CUCGAAAGAGCUUCGCCGCCUGGUCCUUGCAGUUGACGGCUUCCAGCACCUCGGCCGUCAGCCGCACCGCGUACUCCUCGGUGUAGAAGGCGAUCAGCAGGCCGCUCAGGUCCAAGGCGUCCGCCUUCUGCAGCAGCCCCCGGGGGAUGUUGUUGUAGUCCUCCUCGACGGGGAUCUCGUUCAGUUUGGCCUUGAACUUCCGCAGCUCGCCCUCGUCCAAGUUCUCCAGCGUGUCCAGCAAGCGGUCGCGGACCGUCUUCGGCAUCACGCCCUUUCAGCAGCUUGAAAAGGCCCGAGGAUUGCAAAGGCGGAGCAAAGAUCAGGGCGCGGGCCGGCGAUUUCCGCCGACUGGUAAAGAGGGAGGAGCUGACCCGAGGCGCCGCCGACUCGCUGUCCUCUUCCUCGUUGCGUAGCCGAGAGCGGCGCGAUUCUUUUCUUCUUCUGAGUUUGGUGCUUGCUCCCUCUGGCAGUUUGCUUUCUGCCUUCCACAAUCGUGCGCUUCAGCAAGUGCGGACGUGCACGCUUUGCAGGACGUGGCUUUGAUGAAAUGUUUUGCCGGAAGGAACCAAAGCUGUGAGGAACUGAAGUUUCAGCGCCUACAUGCAGACCAACUGCAGCAGUACAUUGAACUGUAUGCUUGGCAUAUGCAAGAUGAGCUGGAGCUCAACCUGAUGGAGAAGAGCAAGGAUGAGCUAGUCUGGGAGGCCUCUAUAGCACGGGAUGAGUUGAAUUCUUCUCACCCAACACAAGGUGCUAGCGGCUGCAUACAGACCAGAGCACAGUCCAUCAAUACUGCCUCAGAAAUGUGUGAAGCAUGUCCACCUUUCUCACCUGAGCUGCAUUUCAUUGACCAGCACCGGGAAGAGCUGAUCCGUUGGACCACCGACAUCGAAGGGGUCCUGGAUUUGCUGCUUGGCACCACCAUGAAUGAGGAACAGUACCAAAAAAUCUCCUUGAAGGGAACGAACCCAGAAAAAAUGAGGGAGCUCUACAGGCUGGUGCCAAGCUGGAAUAACACUGGCAAGGACUGGUUGUAUAAAGCACUGAAAGCCAAGCACAAGUUCCUUGUGGCAGACCUUGAAGAGCGAUGAGGAGACAGAGAGAGAAGUCCAGCUGUGUGUACAGUGUGACUUCACUUCUUCCCUUUGUGCUCACACAUACAUUUGGCACAAAGCAGGCGGUCCAUGAACCUGCGCAAAGCAGCAUUUUCUCCCGGCUGAGCCUCCGUUGUCGUGUCCUCUUCCCCCCCCAACCCCCCUUGCAAAACUGGAGGCUCUUGCCAGGGCUCAGCCUUGGAAUCUGUUAUUUAUUUAUUUAUUUAAUCAAUCAGUCAAUCAAUCAAUUAAUAUCUAGCCCUCCCAGAAGAAGCUACACAAAGACUAAGUUGCUGAAUAUAUGAAUAAUUUCAAGGAGUGCCUUUGAGCAUGCCCAGAGGGUCUCCCCCCCCAUCAGGAAUCCUGGUCUGUCCUCCCCUGCCACACAAAUACUGACCAUUAAGACAUAGAGUCUCCACAUCAGUUUUCUUGGCUUCCUGGCAGGCUUCAGCCCCAGCACCUCUAUUUAAAAUCCCAAGCAUUGAGAGGGUGGGAUGCAGGAGCCUCUUACUCAUACUUGGAGAUGUACUGAUCUUAUUUUUUGCAAUAAAAAGGUAGCAGAGCUCAAAAA